CAAAUGUAAAUUUUCAAUUAUUUUCUGCCCCUUCUCUCAAGAAACUGAGGAUUUGAAACUGGUUUGCCAGGUAGUGAAUACCUAAUCAAUUUAAAGUGUUACCAUACAAUUUACUAUUUCUGCUUCUGGCAGUUGCAGUAAUCAUAGAAUCAUAGAAUGGUUUGAGUUGUGGGGGUUUGUUUCUUUUAGCACCAACGUCUAAAAAUUACUGAUUAGUACUAACAAGAGAGAGAGAGACUGUAAAAGAAAAAGGUUGGUUUUUUUCCUGUAACAAAUUUGAUUUGUUAAGAAUACCACUUUAUAAACUCAGUAAGAGAAUGCUGAGAAAAUGAUGUGAAACAAAGCACCUGUUCCUGGAAGUUUUGGUUGCAUUCCUUCUCUGCGGCCUGUGCUUAAUCAAUGUCUAAAUAUACUGGGAAGGUACACAGUGCUGUUGGGUAGGACAGAAAAGGUCCUAAAAUUGCAUGUGCGUGACAAUGCAUUGGUCCUUGUAAUGCAUAUAGUAUCUCUAUUAAAAUAGGGGUGGUACCAGUAUUAGAAUUUCUUCAAAAUAAAUAUUGUCUGCUUAUAUCUAGAUUUUUCUCUUCCUUUCAGUUCCUGGGUAGGUGGAAUAUUUUGAUGCAAGAGUGAUUUUAAGUACAAAAGUGAUUCCUUUAUAGAAUUAAUCAUCCUCAAAGGAUUCUUGAGAUGAUCAUUUAAUGAUUAUGGAGCACUUGCAUGUAGGUAGCUUAUACAUAAAAGCAGUAGUUUGUCACAGAUGUAACAGGGAGAAUUAGGGAGAAGAAGACAUGAAGGAGGUAUCUACAGGUCCCGUCACUUUGGUUAAGGUAUGUGUGAAGCCAGGUCCAGCCUCUGAAAUAGUUGAACCUUAGUUCUGCUUUCACAGUUAUGGAAGUGGAGGCACAGAGAUAAGGACCUGAAUUCUAGAAGGGCUGAAUAAUUGCUGUUUCUGCUGAUUGAUAACAUCAUUACAUUGCAGCACUCCUAAAAGUUGGGUACCAAGGAAAUCCCAGAAAGAAAGUUUGCUUUCUUGGGUGCAGCCCUCUUUUAGAUGUCACGCUCUGUCCUUUCUUCCCCUCCCAAUCUGUGUGCAUUGUGCAUUUUUAAUUCUCCUUUCCUGUUGGAGAUCAAGAUACAUGUUUGACUUAAUUGGAAUUUCUUUUUACAGCCUUGCAACAAGACUGGAUUAACAGUUGAAUUAUCCAUGCACAACUUCUUCAGAACUACUUAUUUUAGCUAGAUUUGGGAACAGCAAUAGGAGGAAAUGCUUCUAUGUUUUCUGCGGCACCAUUAAUGGAAUACACAUUGUGUAGGGACAAUUGCUAGGAAACAAAUUAAUCACAUAUUAUUUAUUUAACAAAGUACAGUAUUGAUGUUAUACUUGAGUGACUUUUUGCAAACAUACAGCAAUUAAUAGGUGCAAAUUGGUAUUAGCAUAUUUAAAUUGAUGCAGAAACUCUGCUUUCUUGGUGUGUAGGCCAUUUGGCAAGAGAGGCAACUUGUUGAAGUAUUCAGGACUGGCUUAAUGGCUUAUUUUUAUGGAGUACAUGAAAUAGAAAUGUAUUCCCCUGGUACAAUGUGCACACUCAGUAAAUGCUGGAUAACAGCACGGUCACCUACUUGUUUGUAGUUUGUAUUCAGUUGGUGAAACUAGUUAAGGACAGUCUGCUUCAUGCGUGUAGGUAAAAUGCACAUGACUUUGAGCUGAAUGUUAGUGGAAGUCUGUAGUUGUUGGAACACUGGGAUGCUGUAGCACUUACAAGAAGUGUGACGGCCACUGCGGCACAUCAGGUCAAGAGACUUUCUCCUCGGUUUAAAGUUCUGUCUUUAAAGUUUUCUCCUGUGUUUGAUUUCUCAAGAGAGCUUAGCUGAAAAAUCAGUUAACUCUCUUUUUUUUCUGUUAUUUUUGGUGGUGGUUGAAUGAUUUUAAACCUUUAAUUAAUCACAGCUGACAUAGAGGCUGAAUCAGAGAGUUUUGUUUGCAGUCUUAAAAGGUGUACUAUACAUGUUGAAUAAGUUUAGGAUACACCAUAUAGGUGAUAGUAGGAAUAAAAAUGCUGCUGUUUUGAUUUUUAUUUACAAAUAUAGAUAUUUUAUAUAUAUGGGGCAGGGGUGUGUAUAUAUGUAUAAAAACAUCUUUUGAAAUGCCUCUUUGCUACAUGUUUACUAUUAGUACAUUCUUGGUUUGAUUUUUUUCUUUUUCUGUUUGUCUUUUUGUUGUUGGUGGUUUGGUUUUUGAGUUUCCUUUAGCAGUACCAUCUGGUUACCAUUAAGAACUACAGGUUGAAGUCUUUCCGUAGAGUCUCCGAGGUAUAAAUGAGUAAGAGCUGCAAUCAAACUAUCCAAUACAUCUGUUUCAGGGUGGAAUUUUAAUGGUUUGAUGUCAGAAUGAAGAGCAGGAUACCUGUCAUUCUUCUAGCUUGUGGCUCCUUUAACCCCAUCACAAACAUGCAUAUGCGUUUAUUUGAGCUGGCUAGAGAUCACCUGCACCAAACAGGAAGAUAUCAGGUGAUUGAAGGCAUAGUGUCUCCUGUUAAUGAUGACUAUGGAAAGAAAGGCUUGGUUUCAGCAAGGCACCGGAUAGCAAUGGCUAAACUAGCACUGGAGACAUCUGACUGGAUUCGAGUUGAUCCAUGGGAGACUGAGCAGGAGACAUGGACAGAGACAGUAAAAGUGUUAAGGCACCAUUACAAUGAAUCACUCCGAUUGCUCCAGUCCAAGAAGGAAUUCAUGAAAAACAAACAGCCCAUAGAAAGAUCUACAGAGGAUUCCCUUUCUUACCAGCACUCAGUUCUGCCAGAAUUAAAGCUGCUCUGUGGGGCUGAUUUUCUACAGACAUUUAAGACACCCAAUCUCUGGAAAGAAAGACACAUCAAAGAAAUAGUGGAAAAGUUUGGUUUGGUCUGUAUUAGCCGUGCUGGCUCUGAUCCUGCUCAGUAUAUCAAGGAAUCAGACCUUUUAACUAAAUUUCAGCACAAUAUCUUUCUGGUGAAAGAAUGGAUUCAGAAUGAAAUCAGUGCAACACAGAUACGCUAUGCCUUGUGCAGAGGAUUAAGUGUAAAAUAUCUCAUACCAGAUUCUGUUAUAUCCUACAUUGCACACCAUAAUAUCUACACAGAAGAGAGUGAGCGGAGGAAUGAAGGUGACUUGCUUCAGCCUCUUAAGUUGCACAACACAACAGUAAACCCACUAAAUGACUGAUGUCUGUAGUGUGUGAAGUGCACAGACUCGGCAUUUUUUCAUGUAAAGUUCUUGAGAAAGUUAUUUCUUGUUAAUGAGGGGAAAGUACCUCAGUCCAAAUUUUCUUGAAUUCAUGUGGUGGUUUAAAUUCAUGGGUUUGUGUGUGGUAGUGCUUAAGCAAAUUGGGAUGCUCAGCUGCAUAGCUUAAAAUACAUGAAGAACAGCUUUCUUCUGAAAAUAAAAAAAGAUCUUAACAAUAACUGUUAAUCUCUAGCAAUACUUAAGGGUCAAACAUAGUACUUUCCUGAAUUGUAAUUCUGUAAUACUACAGAGAUUUUUAACAUGAAGAUGCCUUACUGUUCUGAAGCAGCAAAAUAAAAUGAACCAAAACUUUUCUUUACAUAUAUUUAAAUAUAUAUUACUGCUAAACUUUGACUCUUUAGGACCCUGAGUAAGUUUUUGUGUUUUAGCAGUUUGGACAAGAGAUGGAAAUAAAUCUUCUUUCAUGCAAGCACUUAAAAAUGCGUGCACCAUUCAUGUCACUUUUAAGCCUCCAGAUUCACAAAUGACAGACAGUCCUCAUCCCCAGAUUUAAAGUGGGUUUCUUUGCUUCUCUGAUCCAGUCUUCUAUAAGAGUAAAUAAUUGCCAGAGCCCUGGUGUAGAUAACAUAUCCAAGAGGAACUUCAGCUGCACCAUUUGAAAAUACACAGGGAAAAUAAAUGAAAAGAGCUAAGAGGCUUUCUCAGUAUUUGAGCCCUAAUGUUAGCCAGAAAAAUCCAUUCUCUUGUAUGUUGGUUGUAUCUCAUUUUUGACAGAAGACACCUUCAAAGAAUAUAGAAUCUCUGUAAAGUGCUAGUUCUGUGUUUCAAUGUUGCUUAAAUUAACUGAAAGCAUGCAUUCAGUAGUGAUGUAACAUUUAUCAAUAUACAGAAUUAACUACUGCUUCUUAAUACAAGUUUCCACCUAACUAGCCCUUUUUGAGCCCUCAGUUGGCCAAACAGCUUUCACUGGUAGUUCUCUAGAAUUAAGGAGCUUGUGGAACAAGAUAAAGUAAAGCCAGACACAAAUUGCUUUCAGUGAAAGAGUCUGUAUGAUCAUUUUCUGAAAAGAAGGCAUGAAGUAGCUGGAACGUAUUCAAGGAAGAAGGAUUCACCUCAAAAACCACACAAGAUAAGCACCUGUAUAGCUUUGGCUAAUAUCCUAAACUAAAGCUAGUUAACAGGGGUUUUUUCUGAGUGGUAUGAAAAAUGAAGAGUAAUAUGGUUAAAUUUGAUCUCCAGAUAAUCAGUACCCUCACAGAAGUUCCAUGGAAGUUGAAUGUUUCAUUUUGCUUAAAUCAAGUCAUCCACUGUCAUUAGAAAUCUCAGAGGUUCAGCCUUGUGGAAGGAUUUAAAGGCAACACUUCAGCAAUAAUCGGAUUAGAAGGACUUGCAUAGCUACAUGGUCUAAAAAAGAGAUAAAAGAAACCAGAGUUCAAACUCGCCACAAAGAAAGGCAGUGAGCUGUGUGGUGCAGAAUCAACACACUGUUCUGAGACUUUGAUUUUGACAAUUACCUAAAGUAGGGAUGCCUGCAGAUUUCAAUGGUUACUGGAAAAUGGUCAGCAAUGACAAUUUUGAGGAGUAUCUGAAAGCACUGGGUAAGGUUCCCUUCGUGUUUCUUUAAUAAAUAAUCAAUAAAUGCAACCUUAGUCUUUACAUGAAUCUACUUUUUCUUGU